CUUUGGCUGUCCCACCCGAGCACAUGGGCUGCCAGCUUCCAACUCAGCUGCACCAAUCCAGAAGGCGGGAUUAGUGUGUGCAUCAGCCUAUCAGCUGGCAAGGUGGAAAAGCUGACCUGGUACCCACCCAACCUUUCCCUUUUUAACCCUCCAGAAUCCAGCCCAGGGAAGCAUUUUCCAGAGCCAGCAAACCACCGGCAGGACCAAAGAAAAGUUCCCCAACAUGCCUAAUCAGAGAUGGGUCCGGCUUUCAACAGAGAAGGCUACCAGCACCCUCCACAUUCUGGGCACCGAACUCUGCCUUGACAUCUGCGGGGCAGCCCCAAGUGCUGCAACCACCUUCGACAUCUGGGCAACACUUGGCCUUAACUUCAGCGUUGAUCGCAACACAGAAGAAUCGAAUCUAUCCUUCUAUGCCCCAAGAUGGGAACUGGACAAGACAGUCAAGGUCACUGUCACCAUGGAUGCUCCAAGCAUCGAAGCUGACGAAGAAAAGAUCAGAAUUUCAUACUACAAGGAAAACAGCAAGAUCCCAGUCGCCAAAGCGAUUCUGCAUAUUACCUGCGUAGAAAUCUCCUUGGAUGCUGAUAUAAACCGUUCGGGGAUGGUGACGAGGCGAGGGAAGCAAAAGAGCCAGUGGACGUGGGGGCCAGACGGAAGAGGGGCCGUCCUCUUGGUGAACUGCGACAGAGACACCCCCGGAGCCGAAAAAGAAGACAACAAGGACACCGAGCUGAAAUCCGACCUGGACCGCAAGGACAUGUCUUGUAUGAUCCUGACAGCCCAUGGACCUAAUGAAGUUUUUCAAAACCACCAGCUGAUUCUGCACAUCUCGGAGGUUGAAGAUGACAAAGUGGGGGUCUUCUACUCUCAGGGGGAAAUGGAGAAGAAGCAUUACAAACACGUUCUAGGAUCUGGAAAGCUCUCCUACAAGGUGGAACGAGACCUUGAUCAAGUGGAGAGUGUUUUCUAUGUGGAAGGGCUGAAAUUUCCAGACAUCGACUUCUCAGGACUUCUUGCUUUCCACGCUUCACUCCUGGAGUCCACCAAUAAGGAGAUCCCGCAAGCUCCCAUUUUCACUGACACCUUGGUCUUCCGGGUUGCUCCAUGGGUUAUGACCCCAAACACCUUGCAGCCAAUUUCUGUUUACGUCUGCAGUGUCGAUGGGAAUGACGAUUUUGUGGCAGAGGUGAGGAAGCUUGCUUCAAAAGCCAGAUGCAAAUUUAUCAUCUGCCCACCGGAGGAAAAUCGCAUGGACCGAUGGAUCCAGGAUGAGAUGGAGUUUGGUUACACACAGGCUCCUCACAAAACAUUUCCAGUUGUCUUUGACUCCCCAAGGAACAGAGGGCUGAAGGAUUUCCCAUUUAAGAAAGUUUUGGGUCCAGAUUUUGGGUAUGUACAACGGGACCUACCACCCGAAAUCUCUCCUUCCAGCCUGGACUCAUUUGGGAACCUUGAAGUUAGCCCUCCGGUGAAAGUCAGGGGGAAAGAAUACCCCCUCGGGCGUAUACUAAUAGGGACUUAUUUUCCUGGAAACUUUAAUAGAAAUAUGUCCAAGAUUGUCCAGGACUUCCUGCAUGCCCAAGUAGUACAAUCUCCCAUUGAACUACACUCGGACUGGCUCCUUGUGGGACACGUAGAUGAAUUCUUGAGCUUCGUACCUGCCCCAGACCAAAAGGGUUUCCGCCUGCUGCUGGCCAGCCCCAGCGCCUGCUUCAAGCUGCUGAAAGAGAAGGAAGAGCAAGGCCACGGAGCGGCCAAAAUGUUUGAAGGAAUUGAAUUCCCGGAAGGCAAGGCCCAUUCAAUAACAGAAAUUAUUGCGGACAGAUCCUUGAGGAACUGGAAUGAGUAUUGCCAAAAGUGUAUUGAUUGGAACAGAAACAUCCUCAAAAGGGAGCUGGACCUAACCGAGAAAGAUAUUAUUGAUAUUCCUCAGCUUUUUUCUCCUGAUUCCCAAAAGUCUUCAGCUGUCGCUUAUUUCCCAGACAUGGUAAACAUGGUUGUUCUGGGAAAAUACCUGGGCAUCCCAAAGCCCUUUGGACCUAUCAUCGAUGGCCAAUGCUGCUUGGAGAAGGAGGUCCGCCAUCUUCUGGAGCCCUUGGGAUUGUCCUGCAUUUUCAUUGAUGACUACAGUACAUACCACCUUCUCCGAGGGGAUGUUCACUGUGGCACAAACGUCCGUCGGAAGCCCUUUUCCUUCAAGUGGUGGAACAUGAGUCCUUGAGGGCCUCAUAACGGCUUCUAUUUUCCCAUCCAAGGAAGAUGAUGAUCUAUACCUCGCAUGUCUUUUCCCACACUUCCACAGAUCAUCCAGUAAUUUUCCAAGGGAUCCUGGUGGUUCCUCUUUAGGUGCUUGCAAACCUCUCUUGUUAAUCAAACCAUCUUCAGUAUCUAAGUAGGCUUUUCUCAGCUUGGUUCCCUCUAAAUGUAUUAGGACUGCCAGAAUGUUGUUAGUUUCAACCUCCCCCCCCAAAAAGAGGGCAGUCAAGUUGAGGCAGGCUGGUCUAAUCCUUCUCCUUAUUCAUACACACCAAUUCUAAAAGUAGUUAUAGAGGUCCAGCAAGACAUUUCAUACCUUAAGUAGGUAUGAAUGGUUCUUCAAAGAAUGCUCUUUCCCUUACAUCACUAAUCCUCAUCUAUUGGCAGUCCAGGUUCAAUCACCACAACCUAGACAAGCCAAGUAGGCUUGUCACAGAGAAAGAAGGCAAUCACCAAAACAUAUUCCCAAGGUAGUCAUCCAACAGAUCUAGAACAUUUUCCAAAAACCAGUUGAUCCAAGGUCUUGGGAACCUGGGAUGAUGGAGAUGAAGAAAGCAGUUUAAUGGGGUAUCCUUUUUAUUUGACAUACAGAAGAUUCUUAGAGGCUGGUCCCAGAUGCAUUGUAAAGACUGGCAGUCCUUCCAAGAUGCAGGUUUACAGAUCAAAAUAGCAAUACUGGGGAGGAGUGAUUAAUCCACACUUUUCUUCUUGUGUCAAUUUCUCUCUCUUUCCCAUUUCAACCACUGGAUUUGCAAAGAGGCUUUAUGAUGGUACAAUGGUUGAAAAAUCAACAUUUCUUUUGCCAAUUUAUUUUUAAAUGGAAUGUGUAGUGUUGAAUUCUUUAUAAAGAAAGCUUUCAGAUAUUUUUCCUACUGAUCUACAAACUGUUUGAAUAAAUUGUGAAGAACA